AUGGAUAAAAUCGAAUCCUUGCUUUAUCUUACACCUUCACUUGUUCACCUAAGACUUGAAGGUUGUGCAGAUGAUGCUAUAUUCAAUGGUUCUAGAUGGGAAACAUUGAUUCGAACAAAAUUAUUGUCACUGAAUCAAUUCGAAUUUAGUUUUCGUUCACAAAACUAUCGUGUUGUUAAAAUGAAUGCAACUCAGUUUCGAACAUCAUUUUGGCUCAACGAAAAACAUUGGCCUGUCUAUUGUAUCUACGAUUAUCCGAAAGAAGAAAUUCUUCUAUGUUCAACACCAGAUAUUUUAACAGAACUAGAAUAUAAUUUUGUCGGUCCAGUUGUUAUUUCUAAGACAAUUCAAAAUGUUUCUGUAAGUACGAACGUUGUUAGAAAACUAUAA